UUUUGAUGGAACAUUGGCUUUGCCAAUUAGGGGUUUAUUUUUUGUCAUGAAACAUAUACCAGGUAAGUAGUUGCCAACAUUGACUGGGUGGUCCAAGGACGUCAAAGCUGAGGUUUUUUCUUCAUGGUCAUAAGACGUCUACUGCAGCUCCAACAUCACGUCAUCAUUCCAGGCAGAGAGAAAAAACAAGCAACGAAGAGAAAAAGAUAUAGCCUGUAUUAGGAAAGCACAGCUUUCCCAAAAAUCCCCAAAAUACUGCCACUUGUGUCAUAUCAACUAUCCCCCUUUUAAGGAAGACUGGGAAAUGUAGUUUUUUCGUUGGACACAUUGACACUCUGAACAAAAUUAGGGUCUGUUAGUAACGAAAAUGAGGAGAGUGGGUAUUAACGAGUGGCAUCUGCCACACUGUUUUCCACUGUAUUAAAGGUGUUCUGUACUUGUUCUCUGUGUCUCUUCACUUGCAUCUCACAUAGUCCCGCUUUUUGUCAUUUUGCUCUACAUUCAGGGACAUUUCCUGAAUCCUAUUCUCCAGAUCAUUUUUGUUGUUAGCUAUUCACAUUCUGUUAUUAUCUUAUCCAUUCAGUUAUUUUUUAUGUCAGUAAUUAUAUUUUUAAUUUCUAAGAACUUUGUCUUUUGUCUUCUUGCAAUAGCCUCUCCAUGUCUCUGACUCUUGAAGUUUUGUUCUGCUUUCCAGAAUUACCUUUUGCUUCCUCUCUUUAUUUUGGUUCUUCUUUCUUGUGCUGUUGGUUUUUUCCCCAACAGUGAUGAUUCUUGGAAAGAAAUAUGUAUGUGUGAAGGAUUAGAUUGAUUCGUACGGAGAGUUAGCAUAGAUUUCCUCUGCAGUUCUUAUGACACCAUUAUUUUCAAAAAAUUCCAGUUUCUUGGUCACUUCCAUAGGUCUGAAGACAAAUGCCACCAACUAUUUUAUAGCUAAAGGCCAAAGUGAAGCUGCAGAUGAAGGAUAAUUCAUUUACUCCUUCAUUUAGUCAUUCUUUCAACACACGAAUGUUUGCUACGUGCCAGGCACUGGGCUGGGUCUCAGAGACGCACAGGUGGAUUGGUGGGUUAUGGAACAAUCAGCUAGAAUAGGAAAUACAGGAAGAAAGAGAGGAGGAUGAUAACCAAACAGAGCUAAAUCCUGUCUUUAACAUUGUAGACUUGAUGAGUUUUUGCUUCCAGUAGGGCAUCUAAAUGGAGACAUGUCCAGUGCAUGGCUGGAUAUAGAAGUCUGAAGCUCCAGUGUUCUGGGCUAGAGAUGUACAUUUUGGAGUCAAGAGUGUAAAGGAGAUCUGUCAUAACCUAGGAGUUUGCUACAUUUAUCUGAAACAGUUCAAAAAGGCACAAGAGCAGCUGCACAAUGCCCUACAUCUUAACAGGCAUGAUUUGACUUACAUAAUGCUGGGGAAGAUCCACCUGCUGGAGGGAGACUUGGACAAGGCCAUUGAAAUCUACAAGAAAGCAGUGGAGUUCUCACCAGAGAAUACAGAACUUCUUACGACUUUGGGAUUACUCUACUUACAGCUCGGCAUUUACCAGAAGGCAUUCGAACAUCUUGGAAAUGCACUGACCUAUGACCCUACCAACUACAAGGCCAUUUUGGCAGCAGGCAGCAUGAUGCAGACCCACGGGGACUUUGAUGUUGCCCUCACCAAGUACAGAGUUGUAGCUUGUGCCGUUCCAGAAAGUCCUCCACUCUGGAACAACAUCGGAAUGUGUUUCUUUGGCAAGAAGAAAUAUGUGGCAGCUAUCAGCUGCCUGAAACGAGCCAACUACUUGGCACCCUUUGAUUGGAAGAUUCUGUAUAACUUGGGCCUUGUCCACUUGACAAUGCAGCAGUAUGCGUCAGCUUUCCAUUUCCUCAGCGCGGCCAUCAACUUCCAGCCAAAGAUGGGGGAGCUCUACAUGCUUUUGGCUGUGGCUCUGACCAAUCUGGAAGACCCAGAGAACGCCAAGAGAGCCUACGAGGAAGCCGUCCGCCUGGAUAAGUGUAACCCGUUAGUAAACCUCAACUAUGCUGUGCUGCUGUACAACCAGGGCGAGAAGCAGGGUGCCCUGGCUCAGUAUCAGGAGAUGGAGAAGAAGGUCCACCUGCUGCAGGACAGCAGCUCUCUGGAAUUUGACGCCGAGAUGGUGGACAUGGCCCAGAAGCUGGGAGCUGCCCUCCAGGUCGGGGAGGCACUGGUCUGGACGAAACCAGUUAAAGACACCAAGUCAAAGCACCGGACCACUUCAACUAGCAAAGCUGCCAGUCUCCAGCAGCCUCUGGGCUCUAAUCAAGCCCUAGGACAGGCAAUGUCUUCAGCAGCUGCAUACGGGAAGCUCCCCUCAGGUGCUGGAGGAACAUCCCAUCUCACAAAGCCACCAUCUCUGCCUCUGGAGCCACAGCCCACUGUGGAAGCACAUCCAAAUGAAGCAUCUGCACAAAUAAGAGAAAAAUAGGAGUAGGAUGACCCCGGACUAUAGGUUUCUCUGGUGAGGAUGUAGCAGAUUAGGAAAGGUCACGCGACACAGGCAGCACGGACACCAGUGUGUUCCCUGGGCACCAAGGACCGCAGGAUGUGUUGUGAUGACCCCAAGGAGCCUGAGGCCUAGCAGCUUCUCAUCAGCCCCGUCAGCCGGGACCAAAGAGCAGGGCUCACGGCUCUGUGUUUGUAGCUUCAAGAGCCAGCAGGGCACGUGAUGCUGUUUGCUUCUGAAAUGACUGUCAUCUCCUGGAUGACUUCCUCCUUCCUUUGCGGAAGGAAAGUCUGAGACAGACCUCUACUCAUUAGCUCUGUUAUGAUGAAGCCUUGGCUUAGCUGAGAUGGUCUUCAGACUGGGGGGCAUGGCAGCCUCCAAAGUAAACAAAUCUUGGAUUAAUAAUCCAGCUCUAACACUCUAAAUUUAAGGGGAAAAAUGAUGAAAAAAACCUCUGUAUAUUGAGGUUGAAUAUUCCAGCUAUGCUUGUCCAGGGGAAUCCAGAACAAGGCCCUGUGGCUUGUUCUUGAGUGAGGUCAGAGUGUGGAGUCAGAUCAUGUCACUGUGAUAAGUAGGAGUGAAGGGCUGGUCUGGUAUCAGCACCAGCGAUUAAAAGGAAAAGAAGAGCUUCUUAACUAAUUUUUAUUUAAGACCAUCAAUGAUACUACUGGCCAGAUGCUAUCAAUUCAUUAUAUGUCCUUUUUAGAAUAAAGAUUAUGUAUCAUCAUCCCUUUGGGAAAAGUUGUUAACUUAGGUAUAAAAAUAAGAGAUCACAAUAAAAACUUCUUAAAAGAA